UGCGGCUGGCUGAGCGCUCCUGGUAGGGCCCCGCGUCAGUCAGUCAGGCGGGCUCGGGGGCGGGUCCGCGGCGGCGGCGGCGGCGGCGGGGGCGGCGGCGGCUGGGCGGGCGUGCAGUUCCGGGCGCGCGGCGACCGUUGGACGUGGCGGUUCGCGGCUCCCAUGGCUGCGGCCAGCGUGACCCCUCCCGGCUCCCUAGACGUGUUGCAGCCCGGCUUCUCAAAGACCCUGCUGGGGACCAAGCCAGAGGACAAGUACCUGUGCUCGGCCUGCAGGAACGUCCUGCGCAGGCCCUUCCAGGCACAGUGCGGCCACCGCUACUGCUCCUACUGCCUGACCAGCAUCCUGAGCUCCGGGCCUCAGAACUGUGCCGCCUGUGUUCACGAAGGGAUAUACGAAGAGGGCAUUUCUAUUUUGGAAAGCGGCUCGGCGUUCCCGGACAACGCUGCGCGCAGGGAGGUGGAGAGCCUGCCGGCCGUGUGUCCCAGCGACGGCUGCACCUGGAAGGGGACCCUUAAAGAGUAUGAGAGCUGCCACGAAGGACACUGCCCGUUCAUGCUGACCGAGUGCCCGGCGUGCAGAGGCCUGGUUCGCCUCGGAGAGAAGGAGCGGCACUCGGAACAGGAGUGCCCGGAGAGGAGCCUCAGCUGCAGGCACUGCCGGGCGCCCUGCUGCUGGGCCGACCUGAAGGCGCACCACGAAGUCUGCCCCAAGUUCCCCCUGACCUGUGACGGCUGUGGCAAGAAGAAGAUCUCCCGCGAGAAAUUCCAGGACCACGUCCGGGCAUGUGGCAGAUGCCGAGUCCCGUGCAGGUUCCGUGCUGUCGGCUGCCCCGAGAUGGUGGAGAGUGAGAAGCAGCAGCAGCACGAGGCCCAGUGGCUCCGGGAGCACCUGGCCAUGCUGCUGGGCGGCCUCCUGGAGGCCAGGCACCCGUCGGGGGCCGAUGGCCGCUUCCUGGGCCAAGGCGAGGUCGGGGGCUGGGAAGCCGGCACGCUGCACCCCGAGGCCGAGCUCCCCAAGGCCGCGGAGCUCCGGCAGCGGUGUGAGGCCCUGGAGAGGAAGACGGCCACCUUCGAGAACAUCGUCUGCGUCCUGAACCGGGAGGUGGAGAGGGUGGCCAUGACCGCCGAGGCCUGUGGCCGGCAGCACCGACUGGACCAGGACAGGAUCGAGGCCCUGAGUAACAAGGUGCAGCAGCUGGAGAGGAGCAUCGGCCUGAAGGACCUGGCCAUGGCCGAGCUGGAGCAGAAGGUCCACGAGAUGGAGGCGUCCACCUUCGACGGCGUGUUUCUCUGGAAGAUCUCGGAUUUCGCCAGGAAGCGCCAGGAAGCUGUGGCUGGCCGCACGCCCGCCAUCUUCUCUCCAGCCUUCUACACGAGCAGGUACGGCUACAAGAUGUGUCUGCGCAUCUACCUGAACGGAGAUGGCACCGGGCGCGGGACGCACCUGUCUCUCUUCUUUGUGGUGAUGAAGGGCCCCAACGACGCCCUCCUGCGGUGGCCCUUCAACCAAAAGGUGACCUUAAUGCUGCUUGACCAGAACAACCGGGAGCACGUGAUCGACGCCUUUAGACCCGACGUGACCUCGUCCUCCUUCCAGAGGCCAGUCAGCGACAUGAACAUCGCGAGCGGCUGCCCCCUCUUCUGCCCCGUUUCCAAGAUGGAGGCCAAGAAUUCCUACGUGCGCGAUGACGCCAUCUUCAUCAAGGCCAUUGUGGACCUGACGGGGCUCUAGCCGCCUCCCACCAGGGUCAGGGGUCAGGAGCAGCCGGGCCCGGCGGCUCGGUGAGGAGCCACCACGCUGGGCCUGAGCCUCGCUGCGGGUGGGCGCCUGCCGCCUUCGUGGCCCACCGGGACGGGGCCGCCUCCUGGGAGAGGCCGCUCAGCCCGGGCUGCGUGGGGUGGGCUGCAGGCCCGUCGGUCCCUCCGAGGGCCGUCCGUGUAGGUGCUCGGGGCGGAGCGAGCGGAGGGGGCAAGGUGGGCCGGCACCUUGUCCUGCCCUUUGGCCCCCGGAGAGAAGGGACGCGCUCAGGCCCGGCCGCUGCUCUGAG